AAUAGUCAGCACUAGUCAGUGGCAGCAUUAGCAGCAGACAGGGAUGUGGCAUAUGCAUUGUUAACCUAUACCAAAAUUUUCCUCGUUUUAUUCAGAAAAUGAUGCAGUUUCCGAAAUAGCCCGGCAAAAAGAGUAGUAAAUGAUUUGAUAGUAAUCUACAUGUGUUAUGUACAUAUUUAAAAUUUAAAAAUGAGGGUGUCGCUAGUGAUUUUCGGUGUCUUGCAAUUUUUGGACAUAUGCAGAUUCUCAUUAGCAUGGGACAACGAUGAACUGGAAGUUUUCGACGUCGUCGAAGAAGUUAAUCAGAACUUCUAUGCUCUCUUAGGUGUUCCCCAGGAUGCCAAUUCUACAGAUAUUAAGAAAGCUUUUAGGCGGUUAUCACUUCAGCUGCAUCCAGACAAAAACAGCGCUCCAGAUGCUGACGAAAAAUUUAGGCAUCUAGUCGCAGUGUAUGAUGUCCUGAGGGACCCUGGAAAACGGGAACGAUAUAAUAAUGUUCUUGUUAAUGGACUGCCUAACUGGCGAUCGGCUGUAUACUACUAUCGUCAUGUACGAAAAAUGGGACUAUUAGAAAUGAGCAUUAUAUUAUUUAUAGUUAUUACAAUUGGCCAGUAUAUUGUUGGAUGGGCGGCGUAUUUUGAAAAAAGAUAUACUUAUGAACAAGUAUUAGGGAGCAAGCUGCAGAAAAUGCAGAAGAAAAAUCGUAAAGGUAGGAUGGAUGUACCAGAUUUGGCUGACAUCUUGGAGAAAAUUCCAACACCAAGCGUAUGGAAUACUUUGCCUUUCCAACUACCUCGGUGGACAUUCUUUUCCAUUGUUGGCAUUCCAUCAGGCAUCCGAGCUAUCAAGGAAGUACUAGCGGAAAGAAGACGUAGAAAGAAGGAAGAAGAAGAAAUGGCUUUGGCUCAAAUGAAUGAAGAACCCGAGCCUGAGCCCAUACCACGGGGUCCAAGACGACGCAGAGCUGGUUUUACUCUACAAGAACGUAGUGGAAGUAAUUUUAGUGAAGUUCAUAACUAUAAACAAGAGAAUUAUCAGAAAACCCAUGUGAUUGAAAAGCCAAAACCGACUGGAGGAGGCCUUUGGACCGAUGACGAUAUAUCAGAAUUAAUUAAACUUGUUAAAAAAUAUCCUGGCGGUACUUCAGAUCGAUGGGAGAAGAUCGCAGAUGCCAUGAACAGAACUGUUACUGAAGUCACACACAUGGCCAAAAAAGUCAAAGAUGAGGGGUUGAAACCAAAUCAAGUUGUUGAAGAAACUCCUUUAGAAGAAUUGCCAAAGAAGAUCAAAACUCGUGCGGAAGUAACAGAUUCAGUUGGUGAAUGGAGUCAGGAACAACAAAGAGCACUUGAAGCUGCAUUAAGUAAAUAUCCCAAGGGCAUGUCACAGGAUCGUUGGGAGAAGAUCGCAACUUGUGUCGACGGAAAAUCUAAGGAAGAGUGUCAGAUACGCUAUCGGCAGUUAGUAGAGCUCAUCAAGAAAAAACAACAGCAAUAGUGAAGUGGAAGAUAUGUGUUGAGAAUUGUUUAGUUUUUCAUACCUUUCAGGAAUUUAUUUAUUCAAUAAAAAUGCCACUAUUAUUUAAGACAUCGAGUGAUGCGAACAGACGUGGAAAAACGUGCAUGUACAGUAUUGUAAAUAGAUAUUUAUGUAUGUUUGUGAAUUACAUGCAUGUGUAUAUCCUUAGAAUCAAUCUACUUCAUCUAUUUUUAUUAUCAAGCUGGAAAAAAAGUGUUUGUAACUAAUAUUACGACUUGUCUGAUCACAAUCGAACUAAAUACAUGGGCUCAAAUCUAUUUUCACAUAAUUGCCUCUGUGGUUGUUUCUUACUGUGAAAAUACAGAAAGGAUUCUACGAAGCGAGACAUUAGUUUGAAUUAUCACUUGUUCAUCAUUGAAUCUUGUGAGACUUAUCUAUAUUUCCAUGUCACUUUGUCUACUUUUGUUACUACAAUACUGGGCUCUACGCAUGCUUUUUAUGGACGAUCAUUGCAAAGUGUCUCGUAAAUUUGCCAUCGCUAAAAACUUGGGAACGAGAAAAAAUUUCUAAACUAUAUAUGAAAUACGUAUUAGCACCCGAGAAGUGGUUUUCGAGGACUUUCAGGACCCCCAAUUUUUUGUAUAUAAGUCAAACCGCCGAAUCAAUUUCCAUAAAAUUUGCGCAGGAUACUGUUUCUACCCAAGAGAUGUGUAAGUUUCCACCCAGUCCUACUUCGGGUUGAAAAGCUGCAGUUGCUAACACAAUCAUUCUGGAGAGACAACCACGGGCUGUGAAUUGCAAUUUCUUAGCAUGGAAUGUAAGUAUUGAAAGUAUAUCAGGAUUUUUUUCCACAAAUUUUGGCACCCAAGUUUUAUGUGAGCAUUACGA